AUGCAUGUUGACGGUUCCUCUAACGCCCAAGGAAGUGGGGCAGGGAUAAUUCUAGCUAGUCCCUCCGGCAUCACCGUAGAACAAUCCCUCCGUUUCGGCUUCCGAGCCUCUAACAACCAAGCGGAAUAUGAAGCAUUGCUAGCCGGGAUGUGGUUAGCAACCGAAAUGGGUGUCAAGAGAAUCGUAUGUUGGACCGACUCUAAGAUCGUGGCCGAACAGGUCAACAAUAAUUUUCAAGUCAAGGACUCCAACUUGUUACAAUACUAUCACCUCUUCCAGAAGCUCAAGGAUGAUUUCACCGAGGUGCAGAUACGACACGUCAUGCGUAACAAUAACGAACGGGCCGAUCAGUUAGCUCGGCUCGCCAACAGCCGAAAGCCAGGGCAAUUGCGAACAACCAUUCACCUCGAGAUUCCCUCUCCUAGUGUGACGGGAGAGUGCAUGGCAACCAAUACUGAGGCACCGACCUGGAUGACUGCCAUCCGGAAUUUCAUUGUCCGAAGGGAGGCACCAACCGACCCGUUGGACGCUAAAAAAUUGCGAACGCAGGCGGCUCGGUAUUCAGUAGUGGCUAACGAGCUGUAUCGGCGAGGAUUUUCCACCCCGUUACUCAAGUGUAUUGACACCCAUCAAGCCGAUUACGUCUUACGAGAAAUACAUGAGGGCAUAUGUGGUUCGCGCUCGGGCGGACGAACCAUGGCGGCUAAAGUUUUGAGAGCUGGUUAUUAUUGGCUGACUCUGAAAGAAGAUUGCGCCAAGUUCGUUAAGAAAUGUGUGCAAUGUCAAAAGCAUGGGAACCUUAUCCACGCCUCAGCCGCCGAGUUGCACAGCAUCAGCUCCCCGUGGCCAUUCUCCUUGUGGGGAAUCGAUUGGAUAGAAGCCGAACCGCUUGCUUGCAUCUCCGCAACCAAUGUCCAGAAGUUCGUCUGGAAAAAUCUGGUUACCCGAUUCGGAAUCCCGUAUGCCAUCAUUUCGGACAACGGCCUCCAAUUCACUGACAAGAAGUUUAACACUUUCCUUGAAAACCUUGGCAUUCGGCACCGGUUCACCUCAGUCGAACAUCCCCAGUCAAACAGGCAAGCCGAAGCAGCAAACAAGGUUAUACUUAAUGAGCUCAAAAAGCGUCUCGGUGCGGCGAAAGGAGGAUGGGCCGACGAAUUACCGGAAAUCCUGAUGUACACCACAAUCAACAACCAAAGAGACACCCUUUCGCCUAACAUACGGCGCAGACACAAUGAUUCCGGUUGA